AUGCUUUCUCUUCGCACACUUGCCCGCUCGGUGCCUCGCACUUUCUCGCGAUCAAUCGCGACAUCGUCUCGAUCUGCCAUUCUCCGACCUUCGUCAAAUCUUCCCAAAAGCGGCUUCGUCCAGCCCUCCUUGAAGCAAGCCAUCAGACCUUCGUAUGCUGCCUUUUCGACAUGCAGGGCCUUCAGACAAGCUGAAGGUGAUGCUGAGCUUGCUGCAAAACUCGAGGAUGAACUGAAGCACGAGAAGGAGUCCGGCCUCGAGGAUCUGGACUCCUCUGUUCAGAACAUCCAGUAUGUUCUGCAGAACAACUCUUGGGAGGUCAAGGAUGUUCCCGGAGAGCAGGAGGUUGUUCUGACGAAGAAGUUCGGCAAGGAAGAGAUUCGCCUUACAUUUACUGUCGCCGACCUCCAGAACCUGAGCGAACAGGAUGACUUUGAUGCCGGCCUCACCGACGAUCUCGACUUCCAGGGUCACCAGCCCGUCAACGCCGGCCGUGGCGGAAACAUCGCACAGCACCCCGAGGACAGCGUCGCCCCCGCUGACCGCGAGCUUGACGAUGUCGACCGUGACCUCGAGCCCAGCUUCCCCGCGCGCGUCAAUGUGACCAUUGAGAAGCCCGGCAACGGCGCCCUCCUCAUCCAGACCCUCGCUCAGGAUGGCCUUUUCCAGAUCGAAGAAGUUUCCUUCUUCUCCAAGCCCGACCUUGCCCAUGCUGUUACCGCUGAGAAGGACUGGGCCCGCCAGAGCCUGUACGCCGGCCCUCCCUUCGAGAACCUCGAUGAGGAUCUGCAGUCCUACCUUGAGCGUUACCUUGAGGAGCGCGGCAUCAACGCCGAGCUUGCCAACAUGAUCCCCGACUACAUCCAGGUUAAGGAGCAGAAGGAAUAUGUCCGCUGGCUCGAGAGCGUCAAGAACUUCGUCUCUGCUUAA